CGUUGUGUGCCUUGUGGUCACGGUGCAAAGUUCGGGACCGGGCCGCGCCUGACGGCCUGGGUCGCGCGGCCGGAAUGCAAUUUGCAGCCGAGCUAGGGGGCGAACUGAUGGCAUUCUCCGCGCCGUAAGCCCGCGCGCCAUGCAUUCUCGCCAUGAGAUCUCUCUCCUCGGCUCUCGGCCCUCGGCGCGCACGGGCUUCUGCACACCCCACCCUACCUUCCGUUCUCCGCAGCACAAUCUGACCCGCAGCCCAAAGUAGCAUCACCCGCGCAGAUCAAUAUUGCCCCGGCGGGCCCUGACGGCGAUAUGCACCUCGCAUCCGAGCCAACCUCGCCAUGCCGCGCGCACCCAGCCCCUGCUCCUGCGAGACAACGCUCAGCGCGCCGCGCAGUACUGCAGACCAACAUGUCCUCUGACGCACUGGGCUUGCGGAACGCACACCACGCGGUGCCGCUUGACUCGGCGCCCGUCACACCUGACGAGCGCAUGGGGCGCGAGUUGCACCACCAACCGACUUCUGUCCAAUCGGCGUGGUCCAACUGUCACGGCUCGGCGGCGUGGAUGCGCACGCAGUAUUCGGAUCUCUUUUUGCUUGAGCCCCAUGAGUACGACAGUAUCACGGACGGCGAGCUCGUGCGCCUCUACGACCGCGGGGUGAUUGACGGGCGGGUGCUGGAGCAAAUCGUCGACGCGAGCAUUCGCAUCCAGCGCGCCGUGACCGACGCCGACCGCGCAGUCAGCAUCAAAACGCGCCGAGCCAUGAUCCGGCACGCGCUGGAAGACUAGCUCCAGCCAACCCUGGGGCUCGCGUCUCCGUCGCCUACCCGUGCGGCCCGCCCGCAUAGACACGAAACACUGUACGCAUCGACUACCCCCUUACACAUGUACCCCGCCUAGAGUAGAU